UUGGCUCUCUUAUCCUUCAGGAUCUUCACUUGAAUUAGACAGAACUAAGCACAGAAGAAAAAGCAUGGAAGCUUGCUUUCUCUCAUCAAAUUCAUUCGCUAAAAGCGUUGAGCUUGUGCCCUCAAUCAGAGCUAAAGCACUCUCCUUUUCAAAGAGAAACUCCAACCUUUCCCACUGUAGAAAAGUUGCUUUCCCAACUUAUAUAACAUGCUGCCAUCUCGGUUCAUCUUCACCGUUGGAUGAUGAAAGCAGACCAAUCCUUGAUCCUGAUUGGCGUUCAUUUAGAGCAAAAUUAGUGGCUGCGGAGAAAGUAUCAAGGCCCGAGGACUCGUCAGCAUGUGCCGACCCUGAUCAUCAACCAGUUACGCUUGGCGACAAAUGGGCUCAUACAAUCCAUGAACCGGAAAAGGGUUGUCUGCUCAUCGCCACGGAGAAGCUUGAUGGGGUCCACAUUUUCGAACGGACGGUGAUCCUGCUCUUAUCAACUGGGCCCAUAGGCCCAUCCGGGAUCAUACUGAACCGGCCGUCGCUGAUGUCGAUCAAAGAAAUGAGAUCGACGGUGCUGGACGUUGCGGGGACGUUCUCGGAUAGGCCAUUGUUCUUCGGCGGGCCUUUGGAAGAAGGGUUGUUCCUGGUGAGCCCGAGGGGGGAUGACAACAGCUCGGUGUUUGAAGAGGUUAUGAAAGGGUUGUAUUACGGAACGAAAGAGAGCGUGGGAUGUGCAGCCGAGAUGGUAAAGAGAAACGUGGUCGGGGCAGGGGAUUUAAGAUUCUUCGAUGGGUAUUGUGGGUGGGAGAAGGAGCAAUUGAAUGAGGAGAUAAGGGCUGCUUAUUGGACAGUAGCGGCUUGUAGCCCAAGUGUAAUUGGUCUUGAGAGCGUCGGAAGUGUUGGGCUUUGGGAAGAGAUUCUUGGGCUUCUGGGUCCCAGGAAGGUUUGGUGAAGUUACAAGCCAUACAAAUUGUAGGGCAAGUUUAUGUGCGAAUUCUGGCAAUUAUACCAUGGUCUGGUCUAUUGUAAUGGAAUCUGAUCCAUAGUCUUCCAUGUUGUAUAUUAUGCUCUCUAUUAUAUGACUUUUAGUUCCUUUUCUUGCCAAUGGUCUGGAGUUGAUUUAAGGUGAACAAGAAUAGAUUAUAUGGUCAAACCUAAGACCGCCUUUUUGGUCUAGCUGCAAAGCUAGCUAAAACAGAAAGUAU